CUUCGAGCCUCGAGUGUGAAAGUAAAUGACCAGAGUGAUGAUACGGCUGAACCUCAUCCAGAGCUCGGAGAAACUGGCCAGAAUAUUGCACCAGCAGAAGAAAUUGUCGCAGAGCCGGAUAUCGAACUAGCCACGAAUCCACCAGUAGUGCAACAACAAGAAGCCGGUAGGGCUACAACAGGAUCUGAACAACGCUACCCAACUAGAUCACACCAACCACCCGAGAG